AUGGAUUCAGGACUGGUGACUUGUACAAUCAAAGAAAUUGAAAGAAAUGGUCGUUUUGUGGCAGACUUAAAUGUGCGACUGUGGACUGCGACUCUUGCUGCGAACCAAGAUGCUUUUCAUUCAAGAAUAACGAAUGGAUUACAGGCUUUCUUGCGAGGCACCAGACAAAUUAUAUCAAAGAGAGGACCGGAAAUCAAUGAUACAAACAAUGCUGAAAACAGAUUGGAAAAUAAAUCCUCUGGUAAUGAAAAAAAGAAACCAGUUGAAAUGAAGGAGAACAACAAGUCAUCCCCGUCAUCCCACAUGUUCCCCAGUGAUCCUGAUGAUGACGAUUUAUUUAUGAUGUCACCAAGAUCCAACAGAACAUCUGCCAGUACGGCGUUUUUAUCAAAACUAUCAUCGAAAGUUCGUCAUCCAAGUCGAACUGACAUCACUGCUUUACAGCAAGACCAUGAACGUCUUCAAGAUCAAGUCUCUCAUUUCAAAGCGGAAGUAGAUAAACUUCAGUCAAUAUCGAUCUAUUGUGGUUCUAAAAUGGACACCUACAUAAAUCAUCUACAAGAACAAAUAACUCAAGAUGAGAAAUGUAUGGAUGUUGUAUACUUGUCCUUGGCUGGUCUAAAACAGGUUCGUGACAUCUUGAAAGGAACUUUAACUUUUCAUGGCUCAACAGGAUUCCGAAUUCAGUUAACAUCGACACGGCUAUUACAUCUCUUACACCCAACACAAAACCUCAAGUGA